AUGAAAACUCCUUUCGAAAAACUCCGGGUUCUUUUCAUGGGCCUAAAACAUCCAAAGCAGAACUCCAAGAAUGCAGAUUCUCACCAAAAUGCCGAGAAUCACGAAGAAACCGAUCAACUACAUGUGAAGCAAUCAUGCCCUCAACAAGGGCUUGACGAGUCCAGUGGUGACCCUUAUGCUGCCCUUAGCGAAAUUGCAGCCCCCAAGCCUGUGGAGCGACUCCCAGAAGGUGAAUUGGCACGUCAUCCCUCUUUAGAACAGCGCCUGUCACAUCCAACUCAUUCAAGUGGCAACAAUCAGGACGGAUAUGAAGCUUUGAGUGAGAUAGCGGCGCCGGAGCCUGUGGAAACGCAUACAGACGGGGAUGCCGCACAGCAUCCGUCUUUGGAACGACAACUUUGA